GUCUAGUGUGAAUGGACUGAUGGACAACAAUGGACUUGCCCCCGCCGCCGCGCUGCCCCACCACCGACGCCCGCCAUUGCCUGCUGGACUGGCUGGUUCACCUACACCAGACAGCCUGCCUGACGCCUGUGGAAGCGAACGGCGUCAACAACAAAGCGGAUGGCCUUGCGUCAAUUUGCACCAACUACAUCCCAGGCUGCCUAUCGUUCCACCUGGACACCGGCAUGUUCUAUGCCUCCAACGACAUCGCACUGCUCCAGGCGUCGCCCGCCAACAAUGUCUACCUGAGGUCCCUCAGCCCACCCAGCCCCAUGCCUCCUAAACCAUCCUCACCGCCAUCGCCCACACCACCGUCGCCCAUGCCAACCAGCCCCGCGCCGCCAAGCCCUGCACCUCCCAUACCCCUGCCGCCUUCACCGGUGCCGCCCAGCCCCGCACCGCCUAGCCCCGCACCGCCUAGCCCCGCACCGCCCAGCCCCGCACCGCCAAGCCCCCGGCCUCCUUCACCGGUGCCUCCAAGCCCCGCACCGCCUAGCCCCCUGCCACCUUCACCGGCGCCGCCCAGCCCCGCACCGCCCAGCCCCGAUCCACCUUCACCAGCGCCGCCCAGCCCCGAGCCGCCCAGCCCAGAGCCGCCUUCACCAGCGCCGCCCAGCCCUGAGCCGCCCAGCCCAGAGCCGCCCAGCCCUGCGCCACCCAGCCCAGAGCCGCCCAGCCCCGUGCCACCCAGCCCUGCACCCCCUUCCCCCGUGCCGCCAAGCCCGCCGCCCCCUUCGCCUUCUCCCCCGACUCCCAUCAUUACGAACGGUCAAGGCACUGGCCAGCAGCAGAUCUCAAGCGGUGGUGCUACGCCCGGGCCUGUGAGCGGCGCCGCAACCCUGACAACGAGCGCUGGCAAUGAUGACGUGGUGAUUCCCAUUCUAGCAGUGUUGGUCCCGUGCGUGGUUUUGAGCAUGAUUGGCGUGUUCACUUGGUGGAUGCUGCGGCAGCGGCGGUUGAAGGCGGCGGCCACGGGCGCAACGUCGGGUGCUGCCGCUCCCCAGCCGCAACAAGGGGAGGGCCGCGUGUAGGUGUGGUGUGCUCGGGUUGUGAAGUCCCAACUAAAAGCGCCAUUAGUACAUCAAUGGUUAAUGCCAGUGCGUCUUGUCAAACGCACGAGUACUAGUAUUCAUGUUAACGCGUUGUGGAUCCGUGCGGCCACCGUCUCGGUAAUAAUGCGUUGAUGAAUUGCUCCCCUGGCUGCCGGCGUGUGUGGCCGUUGCCUCCGCCCGUCCUUUCUUCAUUGCAGUGAUUGAGAGUAUUACGUUGCUCAUUCAUGGUCUGCGCAUUCGCGUACUCAUGCAUUCACAACUGUACUAUGUUGUCACACCGCCACCAGUGCUUUCCUGUACCAUUGAUAAUUGGUGCUUGUAGAGUUCAGUCUAGGAAGAGCGGUGACUGUGUUCCGUACGUGAGCUUCGGGGAGGACGGGAAACGUGGAGCCGUCUUUGGACACCUCCAGUCCAUUGAGGCGCUUCUGGGUUCAGUUUUGCCAUCAGUCAGGAAGACACAUCCGUCACCUUGAUUGCACAGACAGGUACUUACUAUUACUCUUUACAACAGGAAUGAUUUACAUCCACUUUAUUUUUAAGCUGUGACGAGCUGUUGUACGGCGUUCCCGUUCCGUACUUGCACGACAGGGAUGGUGCGUUAAUGUGCAUGGUGCAUGGCUGUCGCACAAUGAUGUGUUGUACUCACCGUCCCCACGGCCAGCGCUGCGUCGCGGUACCGUGUAACAUGCAUGCUGU